CCUUUAAAAUGUCUACCUCACUAGGGCGCCAAAACCCCCCAAUUUCUCUUCUCUCAGUCUCAUCCGACCUUACCACCUUCACCGCAAUUCCAGAACCCCACACCCAACCCAACUGAACUAUCCUCACUAGACAGUUGAAAGAAUAAAAUGCCCUUUUCUUCCGCCUCCGUGACAGAACUCAGUGAAGAACUCAGAUUCAGUUUAAUGAACACUGAGUCUGCUAACUGUGCUAGGAGUCCUAAUGAUACAACCACCCUUCUGCCCGUGGGUUCACAAUCUCCUUUUCCCCACUGGAAUUUGAAUGAAACAUCUCAUUUUAUUAGCAAUGAAACAGCUGGAGGAACUUCAAUGAAUGAUUCCUCUCAGUUUAGAAGUUAUCAGAAUUUUCAGAGGGACCAUAAUUACUCACACAGCACAGAAGAACACGAUUCCUCUCAGUUCAGAAGUUAUCAGAAUUUCCAGAUGGACCAUAAUUACUCACACAGGGCAGAAGAACAUAAUUUUCUUCCAUGCAGACCAAAUUCUUGUUAUCCAUGUCCGGAAGGAUACAUAGGGUGGCCAUAUCAGUAUGAUAGGCAGAACAAUCUAACAAUCCCUGCUAAUGUGAGGAAUGCUGCCUUCAAUCUAAAUAACUUUGAGAAGCCUGAUGGUGGUGGGAUGUAUGUGACCCCAGGUUAUGGUUUAAACACCAGGCCACAAAUGUUUAAUCCUAGGGGAAGAACAAUGAGUGGUAAUAUUGAUCAACCUUCACUAGAUAUGAAUCUGGGAAUGUCACUCUGUAAUCCAAAUCAAGGUGGUGCAGAACCAUUGCUUGCAAUUGGAAAACGUGAUGAAAAAUUUAGGACCAUUAGUUCUGGAAGUAAUAUCAAUGAGUUCACAUCAGGAGCUGAGAUGCCAAAAUUCAAUUCGACCUGUCAUCUUGAGAGUGCAUUUCUUCCUUCAAUCAGUACUUACCACAAUCAACAGGGUAGCAGAGGCUCCUUAAAUUCUGGUUUAGACACAAAUGUUGCUUUUUCGGGUUUUCAGAAUGAAAGAGAAAUCAUAUCUGAUUUAGCUCCUGCAAGCAAUCAUGAAGCUCUUUUUGAUUCUAGACCCGGUUUAUGUCUUGGACCUUCAUACGCUUUUCAAAGGCCAGCCUCCGAUGAUCAAAACCAUUAUUUAGGACAGGUCAGUAGGAAUUUAGGUCUUGGAGGUGUGAAAGACAUAAGUAUGGAAUUUACAGACAUAGGUCGCAAUGUUGGCCCUGAAAGAUGCAUGGAUCUAAAUUCAUUGCCAGUUGUUGCCAGCAAAACUGUGCCUUUUGAAAGUGGACAGAACAAUGUGAAUGGCCAGCUACUGCCCUCUUCAAGCAAAAUGAUAACUGAUAAGUUACCCGCCGAGCUGUUACAUAAAAAUAAUGAUAAGUUUGCGUCACAGGUUUUCUCUACUCCUUCGUUAGCCAUGGCCCCUAGAAGCAUCAGAGGGCAGGAUCUUACAAGUGAUCAUGGCCAAUCUCAGGCAGGUGGUUCUAUUCAUCAAUCAAACUCCCGUCUUCAACCACAAUCUACUUCUGAUCUAGGAAUACAUACUGGAAGUGGAAAUAUGACUGCUCAAGUUUCAAGGUCACCCAUCAUGUCAUCUCUAAAGAGAGCUGCUUCUCAACCGCUGUCAUCCACUGUCCAGAAUCAACGCAGGAAGACAAUGCCAACUCAGUUCAUAAAUCCAUCAAUUCCAACAAGGACCAGAUUGGCUCCAUCAGUCCCGAUUACAUCCCGAGCAAUUUCUCCCUUGGCCCACCCAGCCCAAUCUAUCAUGCCCCAAGCUACUCAGUCUGUUGUUCCUCCAUUGCUCCCAACAACUUGGACUAAAUCUGCUCUACCAGUCCCAAACACAACCCGGGUAAUUCCUCAUAAAAUGCACGCAGCUCCUUUACCCCCACCUAAUCACAAGAGAGUCUCAUCUUUCCACCACCCCUCAUCCUAUAAAUCACCUCGUACUAGCCUAUCUAAUCAGCAUCAACUGUUAGCUCAGGCUUUGGCUCACAAGCGAUUGAAGGCUUCAAUUAUACCAGCUGUUCCUAGAACUGCUUCCAAUCACAUUAAAUUUAAAGAUCAAACGCCAGAACCAAUUGGUUAUAAGUGCUUUUUGUGCAAGAGGGAUCUCUCCUACGAACCAGAAGGGCCUAUUUCCCUUCCACCUACAUCGCCUUCUGUUGCUGUCCUAUCAUGUGGCCACACCUUUCAUGAGUAUUGUUUGGAGCGAAUAACCCCUUGCGACCAAUCCAAAGACCCUCCAUGUAUUCCUUGUGCCCUUGGCGAGUAGUGAACUUAGUAAUACAUUAUUAUCUCAAAAGUUUCUUAGUGGUAAGUAGAAAGAAACCAGAUUUUGGUGUAGGAAAGGUAUAGUAAGGUUAUAUUUAUUUAUGUA